GGAGGGAGGCUGCGGAGACAGCGCGGAGCCGAGAGCGGAACGCAGCCGGCACCAGGCACCCACCGACGGGCGCAGCGGGAGCGAGCGGAGCAGAGCCGGAGGCGCGCUCCGAGCAGAGAGAGCUGAGCCGGCCGGCCGGGCGCCCUCCCCAGUCCCUGCUCCCGCGCCGCGCCCCUCCGGCCAGCAUGAGGCUCCUGUCCGCCGCGCUACUCCUGCUGCUCCUGGCGUUGUGCGCCGCACGCGUGGACGGGUCCAAAUGUAAAUGCUCCCGAAAGGGGCCCAAGAUUCGAUACAGCGACGUGAAGAAGCUGGAAAUGAAGCCAAAGUACCCGCACUGCGAGGAGAAGAUGGUUAUCAUCACCACCAAGAGCGUGUCCAGGUACCGGGGUCAGGAGCACUGCCUGCACCCCAAGCUGCAGAGCACCAAGCGGUUCAUCAAGUGGUACAACGCCUGGAACGAGAAACGCAGGGUCUACGAAGAGUAGGGUGAAAAAUCCCUCAUAGGAAAACUUCACACCAGCUGGGAGACGAGCAAAGGACUCUGCAGAUAAAAAACAACCCUUCUCUUUCUCACAGGCAUAAGACACAAAUUAUAUAUUGUUACAAAGCACUUUUUACCAAGGGUCAGUUUUUACAUUUUAUAGCUGUGUGCGAAAGGCUUCCAGAUGUGAGACCCUUCUCUCUUGUGCUCCAGACUUG